UGAGGGAUGCAACGCAGACAAGUUUGUUUUUAAGUCGUUUACGGCAAACUGUGGUUUAGUUUUAGCCAACAUAUUUUUUUAAAUCGUUGCUGCUGAGCGAGUUACUUAAAAAAAACAACUUUUUUUUAAGAGAAAGAUCGUUCAACACUUGUUCAUCACAGGUUUUUUCUCAAACUUUUCCCCUCCUUUAACGACAGGCGAGGACAUUUCGCUUGGAGAAACAUUUUGAAUAAGAAGUUGUGGGGAUGGCAGUGCCGGAGUAUCCUCAUCCCUUCAUCCACGAGGUGACGCUGACCAGGGGCCAGAGGAUCAGGGGGCUGAUCCUGGGCAGCAUCCUCUACCCGCUCCGCAUCACCCUGGCGACCUUGGUCUUCCUCAUCAUCUGGCCUCUGGCUCGGCUCCGGCUGGCCGGCCUGUCUGCCGAGGAGCGCUCUCGACCCGUCACGGGGUGGCGGCACUGGCUUCUCCACCGACCCGUCUGCCUCCUGAGCCGAGCGUCGUUCUUCUCCCUGGGCUUUCUGUGGGUGAGGGUCAAGGGGCGCAGGGCGGACCUCAAGGAGGCGCCGGUGCUGGUGGUGGCGCCCCACAGCAGCUUCCUGGACAUGCUGGUUUUCUGUCAGACCGAGCUGUCCACCGUGGUGUCCCGGUCGGAGAACGCCAGCUUGCCCGUCAUCGGAGCUCUGCUGGAGUUCAACCAGGCCGUGCUGGUGAGCAGGAAGGAUCCAGAGUCCAGAAAAAAGGCGGUUGCUCAGGUCAUGGAGAGGCUGACCUCUGACGGCUACUGGCCUCAGAUGCUGAUGUUUCCUGAAGGAACCACGACCAAUGGCCGUUCUCUCAUCAAAUUCAAGCCUGGUGCUUUCCUCGCAGGAGUCCCCGUCCAACCGGUCCUGCUGCAUUACCCAAACAAGUUGGAUACUGUUCGUUGGACGUACAAAGGAACAACCUGGAUGGCGGCUAUGUGGCACACCGCUUCACAGCUCUACAGCAACAUGACCGUUGAGUUUCUGCCAGUUUACAAGCCCUCCCAGCAGGAGAAGGAUGACCCCAACCUGUACGCCGACAACGUUCAGAAGCUCAUGGCGAAAGCCUUGGGAAUCCCAGCUACAGACUACGUGAUGGAGGGCAGGGUUCCCGUCAGAAAUGUGGGAGGUCUGUCUCUGCCGGUGGAUUCUCCUGCCAGGGAAAUGCUGUCAGGGCUGCACAAAAAAGGUCUGGGAGCACAUGAGUUGGCGGUAGUGCUGGACAGAAUGAUUGACAGGUGUCAGUCAGAGGCUGAGGGUUCAAGGGCCAGUGUAGAAGAGCUCACCUCCAUUCUCGGGUUGAAAGAAAAACAAGCAGCUGUCCACGUCUGCCGCCUGUACUCCAAGGAUGAAACUGUGGACCUCAGGCAGGUUUACGUGAGCGUUUCUGCCAUUACUGGAUUCACCACCUUCAAGUCCCUGCUCCACACUGCUUUUAAUCUGUUUGACCGUCAGGGCAGAGGCAGCCUGAGUGCAGAGGAGCUCUCUGGCCUCAUGGGGGCGCUGCUGGGUUUCCCUCAGCACAACACUGCUGCACUUUACGCUGAGGCUUCCAGUCAGGGCCCGCUUACUGAGGAAAACCUGCUGGGAGUGCUGACGACCCACCCCACCUAUGAGAAAGUGUUGAGCGAGUACCUGCGGCCUGACGAGGCGGGCUCUUGGCUGCCAGUCCCACCUCUGGCCAACGGGAAACCUGUGAACAACAACAAGGUCCCUCACAACGGCAACGGAUCGCUCCACGACAAGAAGUUUGAAUGAUGGCGUUUUGUUUACUGUGCAGACGUUUUACUCUGAACCAGAAUAUUUAACAGAAUUGUAUUUUUCUACAUUUUUAUGUGUUGCAUACUAGCAUCACUUGCACAAACACUGAAAAGCCAAAAGCUGUUAAAGUGGGAUGAAAUGCUACUGUGUGUGUGGGAUGAAAUGCUAGUGCGUGUGUGUGUGUACGUGUACCAGUUUGCCUUUUUUAAGAAAAAAAACUAAUUUUAUGCCUUUAGUUUCACGUGUUGUUAAAGUUUUACUUUGUUGUUUGAAGCCAUAAAAUGUUAUUUAUAAAAAAUGUCCUUAUGUAUAUUGACUUUUGUGACGGUUCAAUGGUUUAUGCAGAAAAAAUGACUCCGGAAGUUUGGUUUUGUUUCUUUUUUAUGUAACUGAAUGAUUUUUAUUUCUUUUUCUGUGAAUGUUUAUUGGCAAUAAACUGAAUUAACCAGGCGUUUGUUUGUUUUCCUAUGUGCAUGA